AUGUCUCGUUCGCCCUCACCGCUAUAUGGUUUACCUCCAGAGCUGCUUGCAAAAAUUAUGGAACCCCUUACAACGCAGGACCGAAUCCAGUUCUCUCUCACCUCGCGAUUCGCGCGUGAUGUCGCUUUCCAGUACAUAUUCAACGAUAUAUGCUUCGCGGGGAGGGGAUGGUUCUUCAAGCCACGCAACACAUACCACGUCAAUACAGAUCUCAAGGCCGCUGUGAGAUCUGUCCGCCUUCAAUUCCCAAGCGUCGACCUCCCACAACUCCACACAACCAACGACCGCACCCUCCUCUUCAAAGUCCUAUCCUCCUUCCCCAACCUCCAAUCUCUCGAAUGUCUGAGCACCACAACAGUCCUCACACCAACCGACCUCCCCACCUUCUUCUCCUCCCUAAAACCAACCCGUCUCUCCUCACUAACCCUUCGCACAGACCAACACACCCCCGUCGCUCUACCCCUCUUCUCAGGGCCAAGCGGCUUGAAAAAACUAUACAUAACCUGGAGCUUCAGUGACGCCCCUUCCGAUCCCGGAAGCUCCAUAGCCCAAUUGUACGCCCUUGUCAAACCGUCCCUAUCCACGCUGGUAGCCCUUGAAAUCCAACACCGGCCGAAACGUCCCGGAAUGGAGCUCGAUCUGCGGCUUUUGAAGCCAGCCGGAGAUACGCUCCGUUCAUUCGAGUAUACGAUCUCAACCCUAGACGACGGGGUACUAGAAAUUAUCGCCGAAACGUUCCCUAACUUAUCCACACUCGCGGUAGAGUGGUGUCAUCCCCCAAUGGGACACUCCGUUUUGUGGGACCCCUCUCCUCCGACAUGGAGCUCGCAGCCAACGACCCGCUCACCUCCCAAAUCAACCUCGACUGCUGGGCCCGGCGGUGGAACGCGCGAGGUUGACGUACCCGUUUGUUGUUUUGAGGGAUGA